AAUAAUAUUUUACCCGAGAUUCUAUCACAACAUUAAUAUGAGUUUAUAUAGAUAUUUUUAGUAAUAUUAAAAUAUAAAAUCUCAUGGGUACUCGAGACGUUGCUCCUCCAAAUUUAAGUGGAAAUUUAACUCCAACCAACGAGGUUAACGGGAUUUCUCGCCUUUUAAAUUUUCCAGUUUUGGAGUACAUUAAUGAGAUACGAUUUAAACGUGGCAUAAAACUUGAGGAAUACGGCCGUUUUCGUAAAUAUUGUUCCAGGAAAUUACACAAGCUAAGAAAACAGCUUAGAACAGUGCCUGGCAAAUCCAAUAAAUAUGUCCAUGAAGUAUUUCCUGAAGUCUUGAGUGAUAAUAGGUACCUCGAAAUUCUCACUCUGAGGUGCGAACGAUCAUGGAGCUAUGGCAUGGAUUUGAAAUCUAAAUGUGAAGCUUCUACUCCAAAAAAUAACCGUGGAAGGCAUUAUUAUAUGCGUAAAUUCCGAAAAGCUUAUCUCACCUCCUCGCUCCUUCAGGAUUAUUGUAAAAAAUUCGCCGAUAAUAACACAAUUAGCGCCUCUAAGUUGUAUCAUAGUUUUUUUGAGGGUGUACUAAGGUAUGAACAGGGAAAUUAUGAAGAAGCACACUCUUGCUUGACUUCAUACUCGUCAGUAGUUGAACAAAAAAUAAGAACAACAUCUGGCUUGCCUUCAUGUGAGUGGUACAAUUCACAACUUAUCCACUUAAGUGUGAUAAUUAAGAUGUGCACAUUCCACAUGAAGGUCAUGGGCAAACCAAUCUCAACUCCAACCCUAAAUCAAAAAGAAGAUAGCAAUGCAGAACUAAUUCAAGUUAAAAAAACACAGGAAAAUUACUUUGUCGUGCAGUGUAAAGGUGUAGAUAUUCCUUUACACUCCCAAUUAUUACCUCAAAAGAUUCUCGAUGCUUUAAAUUCCAUCGACAAACUCUCCAUAACUGACUCUCUGUUUACAGAUUUGUGCGAUUCAACAGAUAUCCCAAAGCUUGUAAGAGAACACAUUUCCUCUAAAUAUACCAAAGAAGCCCUCCUUAAAAACUACGAAGAAGUUACUGUUCUCCUCAACGACUGUGUAGAUGACGUUUGCUCUGAAUUGAUGCUUAAUACCGCCGGACAAGAAUAUUUGCGUAAACUUGAAGAUACGUUGCACGCAAUGAAGUCACUUCUUCAAGUGGAGAAGCACGUUAUACUUGAAAUGCUUUGCCUGUUUGAUUUGUCUUACACCCAUAACCAGACACCACUACCCGAUUCUACUGAAGGGGUCAGAUAUGCCAAUAUGUUGAAACAGCAGUUGGCGAAUCUCGUUGAUGACAAGAAUUUUGGUUCAGUGUUUCUGGCACCAAAGGAGAUUGUAAGGACUAUAAACGCGAUUCUCCUGAGCAUUUACUGUUUCCAAAGGGAAGAAUUCAACGAAGGAAUGUCGCUCAUUAAUUGGGCAAACUCAAGGUCUUUGAUGGAUAUUAAUCUACCAAAAAAACAGAAAAAUCGACUCUUGUGGAGAUGUUUAAUCAGUUUUAAAACCCUGCAGAGUAUGUGUAAUCUCGUUUGUAAGAAGUUUUACCAGAGGUUACUGGUAAUGUUCGCCCGAAAAAAUCUAUCAAAAGAUGAAGGUGAAGAGCAAAUAGUGGACAUUUUCGGUAUUGAAAGAGACCUGGUGUACUGCAGGCCACUACUGUUCGACCUCGCAUUCAUAUACUACCAGCCUCCAGAACUGGAAACCGCAUCUAGAUUUAAAGGAAUGAGGAAUAUGUUUUCAUCUCUUUGGAGCUAAAGUUAUUAACUAGCACAUAAACAAAAAUAAA